AUGGCAAAUUCCAAAGAACAAGCUAGUUGGAAUGAGAAUUUAGUUGAAGUUUUUGUUGACCUAUGUAUCAAGGAGGUGCAUAAAAAUUCAAACCCAGGUUCUCACUUUAGUUCAAAUGGAUGGAACACUAUUGUCAAAUGUUUUGUUGAACAAACCGGAAAAGAUUAUACUAGAAAACAACUUAAAAAUAAGUGGGAUUCCCUUAAAGGUGACUGGAAAUUAUGGAAAACAUUGAAGAGUGUAAAGACCGGUCUUGGGUGGAAUCCCAUCCUCAACACUAUUGAUGCGGAUGAGGAGUUUUGGCGUGAACAAAUUGGGAUUACAAAGGAAUAUGCAAGGUUUAGAAAAAAGGGAAUAUCACCUGAGUUUGAAGCUAAGUUGGAUCAGCUGUUCUUAGGUACUACAGCCACUGGAAAACAUGCAUGGGCACCAUCUUCUACACUUCCUAUCCCAGAUAGUCCAGAGGAAGGUGAUAAUGAUAUCCACUGUGAAGGUAGUGGUGACUCUGAUGAGAGAGAUGUAUCCACUAACACUUUGCCUAAGAGGAGAAGAAGUGAGAGAGCUAUGAAAGAUAAGGGAAAACUUCCUGCAAAGAAGGAUAAGGUUGGAGGUGUUGCUCAGUUGGCCAAAGAAAUUGGUAGAAUGUGUUCAGCAAUUGAAAGUAGAAGUACUGCAUCUUCAGCAGUCCAUAAUGCCCGCACUAGUAUUGUCGAAGUAAUGAAAGAUGUCACUGCAUUGCCUGGAGCUGAGCAAGGCACUAGGUUGUGGUUCUUUGCUACUCGACUAUUUUUGAGUCCAGAAAAGAGAGAGAUGUAUUGCACUAUGGAUGAUCCUAGCAUGAAGUUAGAAUGGUUGAAGUUUGAGAUGACCGAGAAAUGA